AUGGAUUUAGUCAAAGAUGGGAUAUACUCAAUAAAUGUAAAUGCUGCUAUUUUGGAAGUAGGAUUUUUAGAAGUUAUCAGCAACACUCUUUAUACUGAUGUCAAAAAAUUAAAUGAAGACAUCGAAAAAGUGUUUAAGUGUAUGCAAAUUUCCAUUUAUUAUCAAUGUCAAUACUAUUUAUCACAUGGAGCAACAGAACAACAAGUAUCUUCUAUAAAAAUGAAUGUUUACAUUUUAUGUAAUCAAACAAAUGGAGGUCUACACAUUGUUGAUAUUAUAAAAGAAUUUAGUAUAUCAAGUACUCAGGACCAAUUGUAUAUCUUGAGAGAAAUUAUCGAAAAUGUUUAUUUAUUUAAGAAGAUCAUUCCUUUUACUAAAACUCACAUUUGCAUAAAUGAAUCGCCUAUUGAUGCAUCACCCUCUAAAGUUUUGAGGUCUUAUGAUGCUUUAAAAUAUUCUAAAUAG